CCAGCUUGCAUACUGCAGCUCCAGUGAGAAUACGGAUCAAAAGAAGAGCGAAGAAAUGACUUCAACGAGUUGAACAUUUGGUGCUGGAACGUUUUACCAAAAGUUUGUAGAUUCCAACAUGAAUGUGCCAGCGUGGGCGUUGUCAAAUUUGUGCAUUGGUCGGUCAUACGACGCAAACGACAAUAAAGCAGGCUUGGAUAUUUUUCAUCCUGACAUUCCCAUUAAAACUGAAAACGUAAACACGUUUUCUUUCCGAUACAAAAUCGUGAAAUCAAAUGAAGAUGUCAGAGAUUUGCUAAACAUCUCUGGAGAUAUUUCGUUGAAGAUCAAAGCGAACAUUUUCAAAGUGGAAGGAGCAGGGAAGUACAUUAGCAACAAUAAUAACGAAGAGGGAACGACAGAGGUCUUGGCUGUUAUGAAAUGUACCACGGUGAAUAAAACAAUGGAUGGAUCAGCAACUGUAAGAAAGGAAAUGGAAAAUGCUACAAGCCUUGGCACCCAUUAUGUGAGAAGCGUGACAUAUGGCGCCGAAAUGAUAGCGAGCCUCAAAUUCAGAUCAUUGUCUUCUAAACAAAGAUCGACACUAAGUGGUAAAUAUGAUGGAGGACUGGGCAUUGAAGGACCAAUCAAUGCCGGUUUAGAGUUUCAGUUAAAGAAGCUAUCUUCCGAGUGCGAUAAUGCCAGCGAUUUGAAUAUCGAGUAUUAUGCUACAGACAUGCCAGACAAGAAUCCAACCAACUUGGAAGACCUGGUGAAACUCAUUCAGGAGUUUCCCUCUAGAUUAGCAAAAAUUAAUGAAGGACAGGGAGUCCCCAUUCAGAUUGAGCUUCAAUCAAUAGCAAACGUUUUUCCAGCUCUAAAGCACGACCGCAACGUCAGAGCGUUAGAAUGUGACAUCAGUGAGGUGGAAAGCCGCUAUGAUGAUCUGCGCCAGGCAAAGGAUCUCGUGCAAAGAUACCAAGAUGCUGAGAGAGAUUUAGACCAGGAUAUGAGAAAAUUCAACUCACAAAUCACCAAGACCCUACGUACGUUUCGCGCUGCCAUCUCUACUUUGGAUGCAAAAAAAGUGGAAACAUGUCUAGAGGCUUACGCGAACUCGCUGGACGGAAAUGACGAGGAAGGAAAAUUUGUACGACACUGGAAAGGCAAACUGAAGUCAAUGAUACCAUCAACAAACAUCAAGCUACCUAGUGGAAAAGAACUCACUGUAGUUCUCCUGGGAAAGACUGGCAACGGAAAAAGUGCAACAGGGAACAGAAUCAUUGGGAGAACUCACUUUCAAUCAUCCCCAGACGCUUCAUCAGUCACCAAGAAAUGCCGGUACGGCAGCAGAACGGGAGAGCGGGACAUGAAUGUAAUAGACACUCCGGGUGUUUUAGAUACCUCUUCAGUACAACGUAUGAAAGGGGUAAAUAUUUUAAAGGGCAAGGUAUUUCAAAGCGACCACCGAAAAGCCCAAGACUUAAUUUUGAGAGAAUUGUGCAAGGUUUUUGGGAUGGCACCGCAAGGUUUUGAUGCAAUCGUAUUAGUGGUGAAGUAUGGAGCCAGAUUCACAAACGAAGAUGAGCAAGCGUUGAAUCUUCUUCAAACCUUUCUGGGGAACGAAUCCAAAGAGUACAUGAUUCUUAUUCUCACGUGGGGCGACCAGGCCGUACAUCAUGCUAAAGAGAAAGGGGUAAGCCUGGACGAAUGGAUUAAAACCUGGAUAUCCAAACUGCCACCUUGGGUUCUAAAGUUUCUCGCUGAAAUAAAGGAUCGAGUGGUGCUGUUCGACAACUGCCUGAAGGAAGACGAGAAUCCAGAGGCAUUUAAAAUACAGCUGUGCAAACUUAUUGAGGUUAUCGACACAAUGAAUGAAGGAAAGAGUCCCUUUGUCCACAACUUGACUAAAGCUUCUCAAGAAGUUCUAGAGGGGCGAAUUCAGAAAGCUUUAGACUCCAGUGGGUUUGCAGAGGAUCUUACACACCUGAAAGAAGAAAAGGAAGCUGUUGAAUCACAGCUCAGUGAAAAUAUCGCCAGUGAGCAGGAUCGAGAAGCAUUGGAAGACCGUCUCCAGGGAAUCAGUGACAAAAUUGAUGUGAAACAAAAGGAGAUAGACGCUUUAAAAGAAACACUAAGGACAGAGCAAGUAAAAGACGCUGAAACGGAGUCUGGGGGAGACACGACAAAGAAGAUCAGCGACAGUGCCAAAGGUGGGAUCUGUGUAAUAAUUUGAAGAACGACUGGAAUAACUCUUCCUGGUCUGCCGAGAGACUUUUUUCUUAUUUUUAACCUUGAUAUUGUUUGUUUAAUUUGAUUAUUGCCAUUUAUCAGUGUAUACCAAUGGUAAAGAUGCAUGGUUAAGUUGAAGAAAAAUAUGAAGUGGGACACUACUGUGUCCCGCUUCACACCCAGCCUUCUAGCGAAGUAUAAUCUUUAAGUCGGAAAGAAAACUACCAACGAGGAAUUCUUGUUCACUGGUUUAGACCAUCAGGAGUUAUAACAUAAUAAAAGUAAUAAAAACGCGCGCUCUGAGCUGAUUGGUCAAUUACUAUUUGCCCAGGUACGACGAAAACACUGACGCGUGCGCCGGGAAAAAAAUACCUGUUUCCUCAAACUGCAAUAACGACCGACCAGUCUACGCUUAAAUUUCUUCACAGCUCUAUGGAAAGAUUUAGAAAUGCCAUAUGUUUUAAUCCGUUAGCGGGUAUUUUGCCCGAGCCACCUACAAAGCGAUUCGCAAGCCUAAGUGAAAGCCAGCUCGACAAGUUAGUGGGCGAGAGGCAUCCAAAGAACACAAGAUUUACAAAAUGUUCUGGUUAUGUUAUAAAACAAAUGAUAAACGGUUCAGCGUGUACUAUCGAUUUAUAGUUGCUCUUGGGAGGUUUGCUAAGCACUUAAGAAAAUAGAGUCGCACUCGGCUAUCUCCGGUAGUACACGCUCAAAUGUUUACUACUUAUUAAGUAGUAGAGUGGUUUUGAUUGAGUUUCGUCAAACCAAAACCAAAGUAACUGGUCAGACCAAUUCAGCACCAUUUACGUAAAACAGUACAACGAACCAAUCUCACAGGAUCACGUGUGACCGAGAGACGACUCAUUUGAAUUUGGCUUCCCACUGGUUGAGAAAAUGACGCGAAUUUUAAUAGGGCGUUCACCAAGAGAAGUGACUCAAAACCAAAGCAGAGGCGAAAUCACUUCAGCCACUCAAUUAAAAAGUGCUCUGAAAUGAACGUUUGAUUGUCGAAUUUCCUUUGGUUUUUGCUUAUUUCAUGCAGGAAUUUACUUAUUUUCUUUGCGUCAGAAUUAACAACAAUGAAUAACACCUAACGGUAAGAAAGGACACUUAUCGUGUAUCUUGUGGUUUGAACAUUUCGCUAACCAGCUUGAUUUCUUUCUCAGCUGGUAUCACAUCCAUUACUAUAAUGGGGAAAGAAAGAAAUGAAGAAGCCCUUUCGUUUCAAAAACUUUAAACUAAAAAAAGUUGAGGCUUAAACAACUUCAACUUCAGCUUCAACUUCUUUAUUAUUUUGCACCAUUUACGUAAAACACAAAUACUAAAUACAUAGGAGUUUUACAGAAAAUUAUAUACAACAUAAUACGGCCGGAAAACAACUUAAAACAGGAAUGUGCGCGAUAACCAGAGUAGCUAUGGGCUUUCGAGCUGGUUAACGCCAUGUUGAAACUAGAUGCGGCAACUAAUAACUUUAUACUGUAGACAAAAUUACAAUCAUUUAAUUACAGAUCAAUUGUAGAGAUAUAUUAUCACUUUAAACAGACACAUUAAAUUACAGACAUAGAUAUUACACUGAAAAGUAAAAAUUUAUAAGCUAUUUUUGAGUGUUCAAGAGGUACUGCUUUUUAAAGGAGUUUUAUGAUAGAUUUUUUAAAUGAAGAGGAACUAAUUCCCAUAUUUUCGAUGUAGAAAACUGGAAUUUUGAUUGUCCAUGUCUAGUUGAUGUGGUUAUUCUAUAGAAGUUUCGAUUUGAUGCAUAUCUGGUGUUAUGGUUAUGGAUUUCCGUUACUGGUGUAAGAGUACUAGAAAAAGCAGUCGGAAUACUUCUUAUAUCAUUUUUAAUUUUAUGAGCCAAGAGUGCCAUCUUCCUCUCAUAGGUAUUACUUAAUUCUAAAAUUUCAAGUAAGGAGUUAUAAAUUUUAGUACUUUCCCUUUUAUUAGAAGAGAAUAAACAUAACACGUAAAGCUUGUGUAGCAUACUAGAAACAACAGUAUUCUUAAAAAUAGUUUAUAUAGUUAAGCAAAAGUGACAGAGAAAUUCAACAAUGCAUGUGGCAAAACUUGUGUCCUGACGGCAUAUCAAUUCACAUUGUCUUUUGCCGAUAAGGUCUGUUCACAGAGGACUACACAAUGUGUUGCACUUGAGUUUUAAUAAUAACAAUAAUAAGAAAAUGUCAUACAGGAAAUGAAACAUGUUCUCCUGGACAAAAAUAAAAUUUCGUUCGCAAACAAGCCUCCAACUUUGGAACACGGUGUUGAUAUAUUCCCAGGUACGAAUAAAAGACAGUUAAAAUCAAAGACUCCCUGAGCCAGCUCAUGGAUGAAUAGUUGACUUUGCCUCUAUGGCAAAACCAGUCUUUGUGCAAAACUAUUUGGAUGAAAAUGUAUGUCACCUGUACGUUCAUUCUCAUGAAAAUCAACUCAUUUUCAUGUGAAAUGUUUUGCACAAGCAUUCGUUCUAAAAGAGGCAAACAGCAACU